AUGGCUCCUAAAGAGCAAUUGUUUAAUGCAGCUGAUAGUACAAAGAAGGCCGAUCCUAAGGCACAAGCCUUGAAAACUGCUAAGGCAGUUAAGUCAGGUGCUACCUUUAAGAAGAAGGCCAAAAAGAUCCGAACUUCUGUUACCUUUCAUCGGCCAAAGACUUUGAAAAAGGAUAGGAACCCCAAAUACCCGCGCAUUAGUGCUCCUCCCAGGAAUAAGCUUGAUCACUAUCAGAUACUGAAAUAUCCUCUCACAACUGAGUCCGCAAUGAAGAAGAUUGAAGACAACAACACUUUGGUUUUCAUUGUCGACCUGCGGGCUGACAAGAAGAAGAUCAAGGAUGCAGUGAAGAAGAUGUAUGAUAUUCAGGCCAAGAAAGUUAACACCUUGAUCAGGCCUGAUGGUACCAAGAAGGCUUAUGUCAGGUUGACACCUGAUUAUGAUGCCCUGGAUGUGGCCAACAAGAUUGGAAUUAUAUAA